UAAAUUUUCUCAGAAACUCAUUCGUCUUUGCUCAAACUAACAAAAAUCUACGAAAGCGUUUUUGGUCAGCUAUGUGGAAUCAAAAGCCGUGUUUUAGGUUUGAGAUAGAUAACUUCUCGGAGAAGAAAGAUGUGAUAGCGUCUAAGGCAUUCGUGAGUGGAGGAUGCGAAUGGUUCCUUUACCUCUAUCCGAAGGGACAGAGUCUUAAUGAUGAUCACAUGUCUUUGUAUCUGUCCGUUGCAAAUAGUAAAUCCUUGGGAAGUGGAUGGAAACGGAGUGCUAAAUUUUACUUCUCUGUGCUGAAUGAAUCUGACAAAGAACUCUACAGAUCAACUAUUAGCCAAGAAUUCUGUCUGUUUUGCGUUCAGGCUCUAGCCUGGGGUAUCCGAAAGGCUUUGCCUCUUAGCAAGUUUGAGGAAAAAGGGUUUUUGGAGAAGGACAAACUCAUCGUUGAAGUCUACAUCAAAAAUUUUGAAGCAGUGGAUGGAGAAGGCGGAGGUGUAUCAAAGAAGGAGGAGGAGGAGACUGUCGAGAUUAUCGGUUCCCAGGAUUAUGCUUCUCAGGUUACUUUAGUGAGAAAGAUAUUCGCAGAGCACCCAGAAAUUGCAGAAGAGUUCAAACCAAAGAACCAAGUGUUCAAGAAAGAAUACAUGAAUAUCCUAAGAAACGCUUACCGCAAGGUUAGUGAGCUAGCGGAAGUAAAGAUGGACUGGGUGAAGUCAAAGAUUGAAGAAGUUUCCUUGGAGAUAAAGAAACGAAAUGAUGAGGUUAGUGAAGUUCCCUUGGAUAAUAAGAUAGCAGAUGAUGAUGAUGAUGAUUAUGAUGAAUGGGAGCAAGACAUCGAGGAACGCCUCAAGAAUCUUGAGGGGAUGGAAUUUGACUCCAAGUUGGACAGUUUGAAGUCAAAGCUUGAUGAAAUUUCCUUAGAGAGGAAGAAAUCAUAUGAUGCUGAUGGGUCUCGGGUCCAGCAACUCGAGGAACGAGUCAAGGAUAUUGAGCUGAUUUUGAAGUCAAAGCUUGAGGAAGUUUCCUCGGAGAAGAAGAAGAAAGCAGAUGCUGAUGGGUCUCUAGAGGAUAGAGUGAAGAAUCUUGAGCUAAUGGUGUCAGAUCUCAAAGUUGAAGUGGACAACGAGAAGGCCAAAUCUUCUGCUGAUGGAUUUUUGUUGGUUGAGGAGGUUGCUUGAUGUGGAGAUCAAGUUUUCUUAGUUCCUUUCCUUUUUACUUUUUAUUUUGUUUUCUAAUAGUAGAGAUUCGGCUAAAUGGAAAGACCUGGUUAUGUUUGGUUUUUGGCUUUCAUUCUCUGUUUUACAUGCGUCGCUUUGGACGUUUUUGUUUAAAGUGGGGUUUCUAAAGUUAAUGUUCUUUUAUGU